AUGCCGACAGGCGCCCCCAAUGACCAGUCGCAGCCGCCUAGGAACUCUGGGUUCAACGGCGACUACGGUCCCAUCAAGCCCACCGUAUGGGGGGGUGGCGCAUACCCCGGUGCUCCUGGUAGCCAUAAUAGGGUCCCGUCUAUGAAUACCAGAGACACCAUCGACGGACCCAGCACCAGCCUCCAGAAGUCCGUCAACAACAACAACAACAACAACAACAACCGCAUCUGGAAUAACGACGGCGGCCGUCCUACCAGCACCUCGCCCAACAGGACGCGCGAGAACGGCCUGUCUAGGUCCUCGACCUUUGGCAACAGCUCCGACUCCCGCUCGGCCGCCGGUGCUGCCCCCCCGGGGUAUGCUGGCUUCAAUGGGGUCCCAUCGGCCCUGAAUGGUGCCGGCUACCAGGACCCUUCCCGCCUCGAUCCCGUCGCCCCAUUCUCCGCCAUCGAUGGUAACCCGUCGCCGUCCCAUACGUCCCAGCCCCCGCACGCCAUCCCCGAACGAUACAUGACCGGCGGCCUGUCCAACGGUCGGCCCAACGGCCUAUCUAACGGCCUAUCCAACGGCCGAUCCAACGGCCGAUCCAACGGCCUGUCCAACGGCCUGUCCAACGGCCUGUCCAACGGCCUGUCCAACGGCCGCACAAACAGUCACAGCAUGUCUGCCAACGGGCUGCCCAGUGGCCACGCCCGCAACCACAGCAGCUCGUUCCAGCCCUCGCGCGCCAUGCCCGGCUCGGCUUCCGUGCCCCAUCAGGCCGCCAACAGCCGCGCCUUCGCCGUCAACGGCCAGGUCGACGACGAGCUCAACAGUCCCUUCCCCCGGAGGGGCACCGUCGACCAUUCGGCCAACGGGGCCGCACCUAUCCAGCAACCGUACUUUGGGAGCUAUGGCGACGCCCAGAUGGAUGAUCUGGCCAGCCAGCUCUCUGCCAUGAACCCUGCUGGCCACGUGCAGCCUACCGACAGGUUGCCUGCCUCCACUCCUGGCUACCACGGGGUGCCGUCCACCCACCAGCUCGGCGAAGGCGGCAGUGCCGACAUCUGGGGCGCCCCCCCCCCGUCAAGGGAUCCCAGGUCCAACGACGUCGAGCGCCGCGGCUCGGCCCCUGGCUUCGUCCCGUCGCCCCUGAACAGCUACCCCUACGGCCACAGCAGCAACGACGGCAACGGCAACGGCAACGGCAACGGUAACGGCAGCGGAAACGGCAACGGCAACGGCAACGGCAGCUACAGCAACAGCAGCUACGCUUUCCUCCAGCAGCUGCAGCAGCAGCAGCUACAGCAGCAGCAGCUACAUCAGCAGCAGCAGCAAGCCUACACCAACCAUCUCGCCUUCCUGGAAUACGCGCAGGCUUUCCGCCAGCAUGGCAUGACCGGCUUCCACAUGAUCCCCGGAAGCUUCAACCUCAACCAGUCGACGCAGCCGAUGGCGGAUUACGACCCGACCAUGAUGAUGCGCAGCCCCCUCCUCGAGGAGUACAAGACCAACAAGAGCAGGAAAUGGGAGCUGCGCGACCUCUACGGGCACAUGGUGGAGUUUAGCGGAGACCAGCACGGGUCGCGCUUCAUCCAGCAUCAGCUGGAGACGGCCAACAGCGACGAGAAGGACCGCGUGUUCCGCGAGAUCGAGCCCAACGCGCUGCAGCUGAUCAAGGACGUGUUCGGAAACUACGUCGUGCAAAAGUUCUUUGAGCACGGCAACCAGGCGCAGAAGAAGGUGCUGGCGGACAAGAUCGAGGCCAACAUGGCGGAGCUGUCGGUGCAGGUGUACGGGUGCCGGUCAGUGCAGAAGGCGCUGGAGCACGUGCUGCUGGAUCAGCAGCUGGCGAUGGUGCGGCAGCUGGAGUCGCACGCGUCCAAGCUCAUAACGGACCAGAACGGCAACCACGUCGUGCAGCGCAUCAUCACGCUGCUGGAGCCGCAGCAUCUGGAGUUCAUCGCGCUUGCCAUGCGCGGCGAGGUCGUCAUGCUCUCCAACCAUCAGUACGGCUGCCGCGUCGUCCAGCGCAUGAUGGACCGCGGCGGCCACGCGGCCAAGGAGGCGAUCGUGGCCGAGCUCCGGCCCCACGCCCACGCCCUGCUCUCGGACCAGUACGGCAACUACGUCGCCCAGCACAUCAUCAUCAAGGGCAGGUUCGCCGACCGCCUGCGCAUGGUGGAGCUGGUUCUCGAGAACCUGGUGGAGCUGUGCAGGCACAAGUUUGCCUCCAACGUGGUGGAGAAGUGCAUCAUCUAUGGUGUGCCCGAGCUGCGGACGAUGAUCCGCAAGAGGUUCAUCGAGGAUGUCGUUGACGGGGAAGCUCUCUUGCUGCGUCUGAUGCGUGACAAUUACGGAAACUAUGUCGUUCAAAAAAUGGCCAUGUUCCUCACUGGUGAUGAGCAGACCGAGUUCGUCAACGAGGUCAGACGAGCCUUUGACGUGGUCAAGAAGACUGGCGGUCACGCUAAACAGAUCACGGCCAUCGAUCAUCUGCUGGAACAGCACUCGCAGGUCGGACUCCGCCCGAAUCCCAAGACGUACGCCCACGUCAGGCCCGUUGCUCCGGCUCCCGGCAUCACUCUCCCGAAUUCCAUCCCCGAGGACGUGAACGGUACUCUAUGA